CGUACAAGACUAGCUUAAAUCUUCGCUUUGACUCGGUCAUCACGUACGUCGUAGUCGUACACAUGACGUGCAUGUAGUUAGCUGCAACAACGUGACAAUUUAUCAUUUCAGUCCCGCGCGUUCAUUUUCAAGUUUUAAGAAAGUGGUUCGUUCGUAUUCUGUCCUGUUUGUCAACAAUAUCUCACCAAAAUGGCGAAAACAGAAAAGAAGAAAAGGAAGGAGCAAGGAAUAAAGAAGUCCAACAGUAGUACAAACCCAGAUCGAGGCAAUGCAGGGAGUGGCAUGAGAGACCGCUCAACCAUCAUGAGAUUGAACAUGUAUCGGAAGGGAAAACCCCAAAGAAAUCGGAAGGGUAAAAUUGUGAUGGCAGCUCCGUUUCAGAAACAGCUGAAGUCAGGGACAGUAGCUCGAGUAGAGCCAAAUAGAAAAUGGUUUGGCAAUACGAGGGUGGUAUCCCAAAAUGCAUUGCAGACCUUCCAGGAGGAGCUUGGGAAGGUCAUCAAGGAUCCGUAUCAGGUCGUCAUGAAACAGACCAAGCUGCCAAUUACUCUGCUGCAAGAGAAGGCUAAGUACAAUCGUGUUCACCUGUUGGAUACAGAGAGCUUUGGAUCAACGUUUGGUCCCAAGAAACAAAGGAAGAGAGUCAACAUCAAGGUGGCAGAUGUAGAGUCCUUGGUAAAGUCUGCAGAGGAGUCUAGUGAUAAGUACGACGUCGAGAAGGACACUGACUUGGUGUUCGAUGAUGGAGGAGUCAGGGAUGAGGUCAAAGAUUGGGUCUUUGGAGCUGGACAGUCCAAAAGAAUAUGGAAUGAACUCUAUAAGGUGAUAGAUUCUUCCGAUGUUGUGGUUCAAGUUCUUGAUGCCCGGGAUCCGAUGGGAACAAGAUCCAAGUACAUAGAGAACUACCUCAAGAAAGAGAAGCCUCAUAAACACCUCAUCUUUGUGCUAAACAAAGUGGAUCUGGUCCCAACUUGGGCUACGAAACGAUGGGUAGCCAUUUUAUCCCAUGACUACCCCACCCUAGCGUUCCACGCCAGCAUGAGGAAUCCAUUCGGAAAGGGCGCCCUCAUACAGCUACUAAGACAGUUUGGCAAGCUCCAUGUAGAUAAGAAGCAGAUCAGUAUAGGUUUCAUUGGAUACCCUAACACUGGCAAGAGUUCCAUUAUCAAUACCCUCAGGGCUAAGAAGGUCUGCAAUGUGGCACCGAUUGCAGGAGAAACCAAGGUAUGGCAGUACAUCACAUUGAUGAGAAGAAUCUUCUUGAUAGAUUGUCCUGGAGUGGUCUAUCCAUCGGGAGAGACAGAGACAGAGAUUGUACUCAAGGGAGUGGUACGGAUAGAGAAUGUGAAGGGUCCAGAAGACUACAUUCCUGAGGUGUUGAGACGGGUCAAACCAGACUACUUACAGAAGACGUACCGCGUCUCAGAGUGGGUUGAUUAUAUCGACUUCUUAGAGAAGCUCGCUCAACGUACUGGAAAACUAAACAAGGGAGGUGAACCUGAUGUCAGUACUGUAGCUAAGAUGGUAUUGAAUGACUGGCAAAGAGGGAAAAUCCCUUUCUUUGUCAAACCACCCAACUGUGAACAGGAUUCAAGGGAAGAUGUUGACAAGAAAGAAUCCCCCAAGAAGACUAAGGAAACGGUUGCCAAGGACACGGUUGCCAAGGAGGACACCGUCCCUAAGAAGAAGGAGAUCAGAGGAGUGAAACAAGACCUCAGCAAAAUCAACAUCGGACCAAAGUUCGCUGGAGACGAUCUGAAACCAAAGGACAUGGAUGGCGAGGAGAAUGAGGUCACGGAAGGACAGGAACCGGAAGAAGAGGAGGAGGAGGAGGAGGAGGCGGCGGCAGAAGGAGAACAAGAUGAAGAUGGUGAAGAAGUAGUCAGUCAGAUGGAAGAUAGUGACAAAGCAGGAAAAGAUUUAACGAAUGAAGCAUCAACAUCAUCAGCAUCAUCAGACUCUGUGAAGAAGUCGGUAAAGAGGACUAGAAGAAAAGAGGAGGCAAAGACCGGUAUCUCGUACGGUGCUAACGUCUUCCUCAAUACGAAGAACAAGAAACUCUUAGCCAAGGCAAAGAUUGAGAAGAAGAGAGAAGCCAUGUUGCAAAAGAGGAGUCAAACAGAGAGUAAUGAGGAUCAAAACAAACCAGCAAAGAAAGGCAAGAAACCGCAACCCAUCGGGUCAUACUGCCCUCUAGGGAGCAGUGAUGAAGAUGAUGCAGGUGACACGAGGAGAAAGAAGAAGAGAUACUUUGAAGAGGAGAAAGCAGGAAAGAAGAAACUCACAUCAAAACAGAAGCGAAGCAUCGAGAGAGCACAGAAGAGUAAGAAGGUCGGACAGCAUUUCUACGCAGAGACGAACGUCAAGAAUAGAAACAGAUCCAAGAAAGUCAAAUGACCAUAUCAGGACCUCCAGAGAAUCUAAUG